AUGACCAACCCCCCUAUGCUGGCGGCGUGGAACACCCGUGGGUUUAACAGCCCAGACAAAGCUUUGUGUUGGAAAAAUCUUGUUAACACAUACAAUCUUGACCUUAUUUUCAUUUUAGAAACCAGAAUUUCUAUCCCUAAUACCAACAACAAUUGGUUCCUCUCCACUCACUCCAUUUAUCCUCAUGAAGGAUCUUAUGACAAUUUUGCUUUUGUUAAUCCCGACAAAAUCUGGGUUAAGUGGAACUCUUUGAAUGUGAGUUUCAAACCUGUUUUUACCUCUAGCCAGCUAAUCCAUGGUCAGGUUUUUACGGGAAAUGCGGAAUCUUAUUAUGUUUUUGUGGUUUAUACCUCAAACUCGUUGGUUGAAAGGCAAAUUCUCUGGAGAGAUUUAUCUGAUAUUGCAGCCAUUAUUGCCUCCACUUGGAUUAUUCUCGUGGAUUUUAAUUGUUGUCGUUACACUAAUGAAAAGGCUGGGGGCUCCUUGCUUACCAAUAGUAAGGUUUCUGACUUCAACAACCUGAUUUUUAAUAUUGGAGCUCAUGAACUAUCCUAUGUGGGGCACUUCUUCACUUGGUUUAACCAGAGAACUGGUAACCCUAUCCAUAUUAAGUUGGAUAGAAUGUUGGUAAAUGAGGUUUGGUUACAAACUUAUCCUAAUUCUUACUAUUUGGUGGAUGACCCUCAGAUCUCCGAUCAUUCACCCAUUAUUCUGCACAAUGCCUUAAAAAUCCAACAAAAGCAUAGAUUUCUCUUCAAGAAUUAUUGGGUUUCUAAACCUGAAUUUUGGGAUGAACUUAUCUCUGUGUUCUCUCAAAGAUUCCACAGCAGCCCUAUCCAUUCCUUUUGUCAUAAGCUUAAGACUCUCAUGCUUAACAUAAAAUCUAAGAACUGGGUUUCUUCAAACGCUCUCCAAUCUGAAAUUCUGGAGCUCACUAGCUCCCAAAACUCUAUUCUGAGGCAAAUUCAUGAUGCUCCUUUGGAACUAGAUCUUAACUUGGCUUUGAAAGAGAUUAAUCACAAACUUCUUGAGAGGAACUCUAACUGGUCUGAUUGGGUUAUUCAAAGAGCAAAGGCAAAAUGGUUAACUUGUGGUGAGGAUGAUCUUAGAUUCCUCUACUCUAGAAUCAAUGCUCGGCAUAAUACCAACUUGAUUAAAAGCAUCACCACCUCUGAGGGGACCUUCUCCAAUCCUACUGAUCUUAAUAAUGCCAUUAUCAGACAUUUCCAUAAGCUUUUUAAUACUGCACUUUCGUCCCAAACUGCCUACGGGACUGCUCUAGUUCAUCUUAUGGUCCCUGAAAACCUUAUACCCUCAACUAGUAGCUCCUGUUACUAA